AUGUCAAAACCUUUUCUCUUUUUCGACAUCAGCAUUGACGGCAGUGCUGCUGGCCGCGUGGUGAUGGAGCUGCGCGAAGACGUGGUUCCCAAGACGGUGGAAAAUUUCCGCGCCCUUUGCACCGGCGAGAAGGGUUUCGGCUACAAGGGGAGCGUCUUCCACCGCAUCAUCCCUGGGUUCAUGUGCCAGGGCGGCGACUUCACCAACCACAACGGAACCGGAGGCAAGUCCAUCUACGGGAACAAGUUCCCUGACGAGAACUUUCAACUUAAGCAUACGGGACCUUACAUCUUAUCCAUGGCCAAUGCUGGACCCAACACCAACGGGUCGCAGUUCUUUAUCUGCACUGCCAAGACCAGCUGGUUGGACGGCAAACACGUGGUUUUCGGCAACGUGGUGGAGGGCCAAGAUGUGGUGACAAAAAUGGAGGCCGUGGGCUCCCAAAGCGGAAAGACUUCCAAAAAGGUCUCUAUCGCUGACUGCGGACAGCUCUGA